GAGCUGAGAGACAUGGUGAUAAAACAAGAGGUGGAUCUGAGUUACAGCAAGACCAAGAUAGAGAACCUGGAACGAGAGACAACAGUAUUGGAGGCCAGAUUAAGCUCCAGUGAAACAGAGGUGGAAGAACUGAAGAGAGAGAAUGCAGAUCUGCUGUCUAGAAUAACAGCCAGUGAAAAUAAGAGCACAGUAUUGGAGUCCAGAUUAAGCUCCAGUGAAACAGAGGUGGAAGAACUGAAGAGAGAGAAUGCAGAACGUCCAAAGGUGGCGUUCUCAUUUGCUCUGACUGAUGCAGGACGGAUCGGUCCAUUUAAUACCGACAUCACUCUGAAGUUCACUAAAGUCUUCACCAACUUUGGCCAGGCCUACAACCCAAACACAGGUAUUUUCAUUGCUCCAACCCGAGGAGUUUACUACUUCAGAUUUUCUGCAAUGAAUAACAACAGGAAUGCAUGGUUAGGUGUUAAACUCUAUCUCAAUGACAAGAAAAUAGCUUUGAAUGAUGAUAUCAAAAGUGUUGGGAAUAUCAGGGUUACAAAUGCAUAUGUUCUUCAGCUGGAAAAAGGGGAUGUGGUCUACUUGGUCCUACGUACAGGUCAUGCUAUAUUUGAUGAUUAUAAUAAUCAUACUACAUUCAGUGGAUUUCUGCUUUUUCCUGUGUGAUUGGAAAGCUGUUCACACCCACAAUGAAUUCAGUGAAGCCAUUUUUCUUCACACUGCUGUAUUGUAAACAACUACCAUCAUGCAUUUCCAUGUUGAAAUAAAGUUU